AUGCCUACUUUAUCCAAUCUGACUCAGACACUGGAAGAUGUCUUCAAAAGGAUUUUCAUUACUUAUAUGAACAAUUGGCGCAGGAACACGACAGCUGAGGAAGAAGCCCUGCAAGCCAAAGUUGACGCUGAGAAUUUCUACUAUGUCAUCUUGUACCUUAUGGUGAUGAUUGGCAUGUUCUCUUUCAUCAUUGUAGCCAUCCUGGUGAGCACGGUGAAAUCCAAGAGGCGAGAACACUCCAACGACCCCUACCACCAGUACAUCGUAGAGGAUUGGCAAGAGAAAUACAGGAGUCAAAUUUUGAAUCUAGAAGAACCAAAGGCCACCAUCCACAAGAACAUGGGCGCAACAGAGUUCCAAAUGUCUCCUUGACAAGCGAGAAAGCCAUAAAGCCAACCUCUGACCUCCAGAUAUGAAGAGAUGCCAGUGCCACGGAGCAAAUUCGA